AUGCAUAUCUCAAUCCACGCUUUCCUCGCCAUCGGCAUCGCCGGCCUCGCCAACGCUGCCGUAGCCGCCUCCGGCAACAGUGUCUUCUACGCAGCAUACCAGGGACAGAAUCCCGGCAACGGAGUGAAGGGAUGUACGGGAGGAAACCUCGGAACAGUUCAAAGAGGCAAGAAAGGCGACAGCGCAUGCAAGACUGUUGGGGAGGGAGCAUGUGUGACGCUUACGGGGCAUCAAGGUGAUGCUACAAAGUGCAAAGUCGUCACCUUCUCAGACCCAGAUUGCAAAGAUGAUGCGGAGACUACCAUUUUUGGUAACAAUGGUGACUAUGCCAAUGAGAACUUCGCAUCCUUCUUGGCAAGAUGUCAGUGA